UAGAGAAUUAAUUGUAAGAGAAAGAUUAUUAGCUUGGCAUAUUAAAUAAAAAUUUAAAUGAUUCUUUGCUUCAAAACUAAAACUUAAAUAACAAUAUAAAUAACUUAUAAUAACAAAAAUAAAACUUAGAAAAAGAAUUAGAGAAUUUAUAAAAAGCAAACAAAUAAAAAGAUUAAGAUAAUAAUUAAUUAAAAUAAAAGUUAAAUGAAAACAAUAUUUAAAACGAUUAAAAAUUAAACGAAUUAUAGUGUGAUUUAGAAAAUAUUAAAAAAAAGAAUAGAAAAGAUAUACAAAAGUUUAACGAUGAAAUAAAAUAAAAAGAAGACGAUAUCUAAAAAUUAUUAGAAAAUAUAAAUGGACUAGAUUUUGAGAAAUAGUAAUCAAAUAAUUAAAUUAAAAAUCUUGAAGAUUCAAUUAAUUAAUUAAAUAAUUAAAUUUAAGAAUUAAAAAAAGAUAUUAAUUCUAAGGAUGAUAUGAUAAAUCAAUUAAAAUAAAACGCAAACGAUAAUAAUCUAAAUAAUGAUAAAAAAAUUAAUGAUCUCGAAAAUUAAUAUAAGAAAAAAUAAUACCAAUAAUAAAAUGAAUUUGAUUAGCUCACAUAAUAACUAUAAGAUAAAGAUGAUGAAAUUAACUAAAUAAAAAUAUCAUUAAAUCAAUUAAAAGCAGAAAAAGAAAAAUCUGAAAAUAAUUUAAAUUAAUUGAGUGCUUUAAAAUAAUCUUUAGAAAAAUAAUUUGAAGAACUAUAAUAAAAGAAUAAUGAAAAAGAUGAUUAAUUUAAUGGAAUGAAGCAAAAUUUAAAUGACUAAAGUAUUUAAUACGAAUCUAGGAUUAAUGAUGACGAAUUAAAACAUUAAAAAUAACAUAAAGAAUAAGAUAAAUAAAUUUUGAAAUUGAACUAGAUGCUACAAGAAAAAGAUGAGAUAAAUGGAUAAAUGAAAAAAAAACUUAAUGACACUAUUAUGUUAAAAGAACAAAGAAUUAAAGAUUUAUAAAAUAUAUUUGAUGAAAAAGAUUAAUAAUUCUAAAAUUAAUCAAAAUAAUAUCUAUAAGAAUUAUAAUAAAAAGACGAUAGUAUCAACUAAUUCAGAAGAAAAUUAAGUGAAGUUAAUAGAUAAAAAGAAUAAUUAUCGAAUUAACUAGAAAUAGUGAAUGAUUAAAUAUAAUAAUAGGAAAAUAACUUAUAAGAACUAACUCAAAGUCUAGUUGAAAAAUAAUAAUAAUUAAAUUAUAUAAAAGCUAACUUAAACGAUGCAAAUCGUCUUAAUGAUUAAUAUGAAAAUGAUUUAAAAAGCUUAUCUGAAGAAAACAAUAGAUUAAAUAAUCUAUGUGAUUAAUUAGCUAAAGAUAUAACUGUGAAAGAUAAAGAGUUAAAUAAAUCAAAAAGAAUUUUGAAUGAUAGUAUUCAAGAAAAAGAAAAUUAAUUAAAAGAAUUAUAAUUUUAAUAAGAAAAUAAUAAUAUAUUAUAUGAAGGUGAAACAUAGAAAUUAAAAUAGAUUAUAAGUCAAAAAGACAAUGAAUUAAACUAAUUAAAAAGAAUCCUAAAUGAUGUUACCCAUCAAAAAGAUAAUGAAUUAAAAGAAAUAUAAAACUAAUUAUAAAAAGAAAAGAGAAAUUUAGAAAAUUUAAUUUAAGAGCUAAAAAAUGGAGACUAAGAAAAAGAAAUAUAAUUAGACCAAUUAAAAAAUUCUUUGAAAGAUAUUAAUAGUUAAAAUGAAACUAAAACAAAAUAACUAAAUGAUAAAUAUGAAUAAUUAUAAAAAUAAGAUGGAUAAUUAUCAAUAUCAGAAAACAUAAAAUCCAAAAAACAAACCAUAAGUUCUUUAGAAUUAGUUCCUGGGGACAUAAUGGAAAUACCCGACGGCUAAAUAAUGCCAUGUGAUUUAAUAAUGUUAAAUGGUUCUGCUGUAAUAAAUGAAUCGAUGUUAACUGGAGAAUCAAUUCCUAUAAUAAAAUAAUCAUUACCUUAUAACAAUAAUAAAUACAACCCAGAUUCAGAAGGUAAGCAAAGUACUAUUUUCGCUGGAACCAAAUGUAUAGAAACCCGAUAUUACUUAAAAGGAAAACUACCUGUUUUAGGCCUUGUUAUGUAAACUAGUUUUAACACAAUGAAAGGAUAGUUAGUGAGAUCUAUUUUAUAUCCAAAAUAAAACUCUUUCUAAUUUUAUGUAGAUUCUUUAAAGUUUAUUGCUGUAUUAGCUAUUUUGGCUGUUUUAGGAUUCCUGGUGUCUUUAUAUUAUCAAAUUGAAGGAUAUAAGUAAGAUUAUAUUGCUUUAAAAGAUAUUAUUUUGAACAGUUUUGAUCUCAUUACUAUUACUGUGCCUCCAGCUCUUCCUACUUGUUUAUAGAUUGGUAUUAGUUGUGCAUUACAUAGAUUGAAAAAGAAAAAAAUAUUUUGUAUUUCCCCACCAAAAGUUAAUAUUAGUGGAAAAGUUACAAUCAUGUGUUUUGACAAAACAGGAACUUUAACUGAAGAAGGACUAGACAUGUAUGGAGUCCGUUCAGUUUAAUGGAACUAAAAAACAAAAAAAGUUCAUUUUACAGACCUAAAAUCAUCUUGCGAUAAAUUAGCUGAGAUAAAAAAAAAAGAUUAAAACGAAAAAUACCCAAUAGGAGAUCCCGAAAUGAUACUAAAAGAAUGCAUGUCAAGUUGCCAUGGUUUAACCCGAGUCUAAGGAAAUAUAAUCGGGGACCCUUUAGAGGUAAAAAUGUUCGAAUUUACCGGUUGGGAGCUAAUUGAAAGUCAAGAAGGAAUGAAAUUCGAUGAUUUGAUAUUGGCUUAAGUAUAGAGUAAAAAUAAUAAAUUGGAUAGUAAUAAUGAAUCAGUUGGAAUUUUAAAAAGAUUCGAGUUUUCGUCUAAAUUAUAAAGAAUGAGCACAAUAGUUAAAAGUCUCUAAAAUCCUCUUUAGAAUUAAUAUAGACUAUACGUAAAAGGUUCUCCUGAAAAAAUUUAUGAACUUUGUAAAAAAGAUACUAUUCCUGACAGUUUUCAUAAUGUCCUUGAUUUUUAUGCUACUAAAGGUUUCAGAGUACUCGGUUUCGGAGUUAGAACUCUCAAAUUAAAUUACAGAUAAAUAUAAAAAGUAGAAAGGGAUGAAAUAGAAAAAGACCUGACUUUUGUAGGAUUAAUUAUUAUGGAAAACAAACUAAAAGAAAUCACUAGCUAAAUCAUCAAUGAGCUUUAAUAAGCCAAUAUUCGUACUAUUAUGGUCACUGGAGAUAAUCCUUUAACAGCUAUAAGUGUAGGUAGAUAAUGUAAUAUAAUACAUGAAAAAGCAAGGGUUUAUUUUGGAGAUUUAUAGGAUGAAACAGACUAAAUAAUCUGGAAAGACUUCGAUCAUUCUGAGAAAAUUUUAAAUAAAGAGAAUUUAGAGCCAGUUGGAGGCAUAGAGCCCUACCAAGAAGAAGAAGGUGUGGAAGAAAUAAAGUAAGAAAAAGAACUUUUAGAAUGUAUAAAAUAAAUUGAUAAUAACAAAAAACUAUCCGAAUAUAACAAGAAAAUAUCCAUAAAUCAAGUGCGUGAAAGAUACAAAGUAAAUGACUAAGACCGCAGCAAAAGUUUUGAUAUAAUGCGAAACAUUAGCAAAAGAGAAAGCUUAUAUCAUUAAAUGGUCGAAAGUAAAGAAAAUAUUGAGAUUUAUAGCCAAUCAGAUGCCGAAGACAUCAAUAUUCCUUGGGUUAAUUUAGAAAAUUUUACUCUGGCAAUUACUGGGAGGGCUUUUUCCAAAAUGUAUAACUAGUCGAUUUCGGAUAAUAAAAAAUAAUAAUAAUUAUUUAGAGAAAUGUUAAAUCGAACUUAAAUUUUCGCCAGAAUGAAGCCCGAAGAAAAAGCUUAGCUACUCCAAUCUUUAUAAAACCUUCCACAUAAGCCCACUUGUGGAAUGUGUGGAGAUGGUGCUAAUGAUUGCGGGGCUUUAAAAACUGCUGAUAUUGGAGUUUCCCUUUCAGAUGCUGAGGCUUCUAUUGCUGCACCAUUUACUUCUAAAAUACAAGAUAUUAGUUGUAUAAUAUAGGUAUUGAUUGAAGGAAGAGCAGCGUUGGUUACAAGUUUUUCUUGCUUUAAGUUUAUGGCUUUAUAUUCUAUGAUUUAAUUUGUUUGUACUACUUUAUUAUUUACUGUAGGAUCUUUGCCUGCAGAUCUAUAAUUUUUGUAUUGGGAUGUAUUCAUUAUACUUCCUUUGGCCUUUCUUAUGGGACUUACAGAAGCUUAUCCGGUUUUGUCAAAGUAAGUUCCAGGGUCUAGUUUAGUAUCUUUUUAAGUUUUAUUUUCUGUUAUUGGAUAGAGCGUUAUUUUUGCAAUAUUCUAGACAAUUAUUUUAUUUAUUAUUUAAGCUUAAAGUUGGUAUCUUCCAAUGAUUGAUAUACAUGGAGUUAACUAUUAAAACGAUAUGAAAGAUGAUAAUAAAGAAGAUAUAAGAAAAAUAUGUUAUGAAUCUAGUAUUCUUUUCUAUACCAAUAAUUUCUAGUAUAUAAUUUCUUGCUUAGCUUUUUCUAUUGGAAAACCUUUUAAAAAACCUUUUUAUACUAAUAAAUAUUUCACAGGUUCUCUAAUAGCAAUAUUAAUAAUUUCUUUAUACAUACAAGUAAUUCCAGAUUAAUAAACUAUAGAUUACCUUGAUGUUAAAUAAAUAAAUUUUUUAUUUAUUUUAUAUUUUUUUUUAUAAAAAAAAAAGAUAUUUACUGAAGUAAAAUAUUAAAAUGGUUAAAUAGCAAAAAAAAUGCCUUAAUAUUGGACUAUUAUUUUUUUAGUAUUCAGUUUAGCUAAUUACGUUAUUAGCGUUUUUUUCGAGAAACAUUUAGUGCCUUUAUUCACUUAUAAAUAUAAAAAUAGAAAAAACAAUAGAAAUAAUUAAAAUUAGAAUUCUUAAAUAAAUUGA